AUGAAGCGUUCUAUAGGAAUUGGUGUCGGAGUCGUUUGCGUACUUCUUGUGAUUAUUGCUAUCAUAGUUGUAGUUAUUGUAAUUAAGAAGAAAAAUGCAGAAAAUGAUAUUGAAGAAAGUGAAGAAAAAUCACUAGAAAUGAUUGAAAAUGAAACAGGUGCUUUUUCAUCGCCGGGAGAACAAGCCACAGCAGAUAAUCCACUCUUUGCGACUACAGAAGUGGAAAUGAAUGAAGAUUUUGGUCCUGAUGAAGAUGCUCAAGAUUCAUUAUAA